CCCUAUCCUCGCAGCUCGCCGGCCGAAUCGACGUUGAUGGCGACCCGGACCUGCCUUCCCCGACUACGCCGCACUCCCAUAUCCCUAGAAGCCAACGGCGCCUGAAGAGCAGCCGCCACCUCCUUGUCUAGACCUCUCCGCCGUCGCCUCCACCCCGACUCCGACGAGCCUCUCCACCGCCGCCUGCACAGCCUGGACGUCCGUCCCUUCCCCUAGCUGAAGUUGUGCCAUCUCACUUGGAGCAGCUUAAGUUGCUGAUAUUCAGUAGUAAUACUCCAAUUGUCAAAAUGUCGAAUAGUCAAACUGCAGAGCAAUUGCAACUUGGUGGAGUGGAUGAUGUAACACAGCUUACCAGUCGCAGAAGCAAGAAAAGAUCUAGAGUUUGGGAAUUUUUCAAGGAGUUACCUGAUGAAGGAAAAGCUAUCUGCAUUUAUUGUCAGUCCAAAUUGUCAUAUCAUCAAGGGAUUGGCGUGUCACACUUUAAGCGCCAUAUCUUGGCCGGAUGCCACGAGUUCCCAUCAGAUAUUGAUCGCAAUGCAAUAUUUCCCGUGAGUGACCCCGUUGUAGAUGCACGUUUUGUGGUGGAUCCAACUGUAUUUCCCGUGAGUGACCCAAUUGUAGAUGCACGUUUUGUGGUGGAUCCAGCUGUGACAAGGGAUUUCAUGACUAAGUUUUGGAUCAGUGCAAAUAUUGCUUUCAGAAAGAUUGAAAAUGUUUUUUUCAAGAAAAUGAUGAAGUCAGCACACCCAAGUCUUCAUGUUCAUGGUCGAAAAACUCUCAAAAAGGAUUGUCUUGCUGUGUAUGACGAAGAGAAGAAGAAGAUUGAAAACAGCUUGGCUAAUUCUGGCUCUCAUGUUAGUUUUACAACUGAUAUGUGGACAUCAAUCCAAGAACUUGGAUACAUUUGCUUGACUGCACAUUAUAUCGACGAGGAAUUCAAUCUGCACAUGCAUACAAUCAGUUUUAAAAGUGUCCCAUAUCCUCACAACGCUACUGCAAUCCAUAGUACUAUUAUGGAUUGUCUCUAUGAUUGGGACUUGUCUAACAAAGCUUUUGCUUUUACUCUGGAUAAUGCCACAUCAAAUACUGCUGCAGUGAAUAAGUUAAAGGCCAAACUUUGGACAGACAAGCCCUUUGGAGGCGAAGAUCUCCAUGUGAAAUGCACAACACACAUCUUGAACUUAGUUGUCCAAGAUGGAAUGGAUACUAUCAAGGAUGCAACAGAGCCUGUAAGGGAUGUUGUUAAACAUGUAAACUCAUCCGGACCUCGCUUGCAGACUUUUAACUUACUUCCAGAAAUGUCUGGCCAUGAACCUAAGAAAAGAUUGAAAUUAGAUGUUCCCAGAAGAUGGAACUCUACAUAUAGCAUGCUUGAAGAAGCUUUGAAGUUUAAGGUGGCCCUCACUAGCUAUGCUGAUGUUCAAAACAUUCAAGGACCUACAGUUGAAGAAUGGAGCCUGGCUGAGAGAGUUUGCAACUUCCUAAAGAACUUUGCUGAUGCAACAAAGGUUUUGUCCAUGCAUAAAUUCCCAACAGCACAUAGAUACUUAGAAGAGAUUUGGGGAAUUCGAGAACUACUCGUUGAUGACAAAUAUACAUCAGAUGAUUUUUUGAAGGAGUUGUGCAAAGAUAUGAAGGCAAAGUUUGAUAAAUACUGGGAUCAACCUAACAAAGUUCUUCUGGUUGCAUCCUUAUUGAAUCCACGGUACAAAAUAGCUCUUCUGAAGUUUUGUUGGACCGAAGCAUAUGGAGAAGAGGUGGCUGAACAGAGAGUAGCUGAUGUUCGUAAGUGGUUUAAAGAAUAUUACGAGUAUUACGAAUGCAUGGUGCAAAGUUCUUCACAAGGAAGCAACAUUAAUUCGUCACAUGAGGUGGGAGGGUCUGCAAAUAUGCCCUCAACGCUAACAGGAAAGCACAAAUUAGAGUUGGGAUUUGCUUUGUUCAAACAACAAUAUCGCCCUAAUCACUCUAGAAGGUCAGAGGUUGAUAUUUAUCUAGAAGAUUCAUUGGUUCCUCUUAGUGAAGGUGAAACUGUUGACGUGUUGAAGUGGUGGAAAAGAAACGCAGAGAAUUAUCCUGUACUAGCCAAGAUGGCUCGGGACUUUCUGGCUAUUCCAUUAUCAUCUGUGGCUUCUGAAUCAACAUUUAGUAUAGCCAGCAUGAUAAUUGAUAAACAUGGCAGUUCUCUAAACCCAGAAACAGCUGAAGGACUAAUAUGCUCAAAAGAUUGGCUAAAAGAAUACUUGUCCGAUGACGACGAUGACACUGAUGAUGAUUGACUCCACGGGUUUCAGCCAUAGAUUUAUGCUCAAAAAAAGGACACAGCCGAAGCUUAAGGACCACUAUCCCCACGCUACCAGCCAGAGCCAGCCUGUGCAGCCACUGGCCCGCACACCCCCGACGCCGCAACCACGCCAUCACCGCGCAGAGGCCAUCACUUGCCUCGCCACAAGAGAACCAGAAUUGGAGGCAACAAAACUCGGGAGUCUCGAUCUUGGGAGCAGCAGCCGCAUCACGCGAAGACAUCACGAGAUAGAAGACGGAUGGCUCCUCCAUGCGCGCCGGCAGGAGCAACCACCCAACAGCAGCCACCAGUGCGUGGAAGCAGCAGAAGCACCCACAGCCGCUACAGAUUGAUCGACGGCAGCCACUGAGACCAGUCAGGUCGCUGCGCAAGCAUCCUGCAACACCACGAACUGGAGGAGCGCUGAGCAGCAGGUUGAACCAGCUCCAACUCCGACCA